CCCCUAAGCAUUGCACUUCAACAUCUUAUCAAUCAAGUUCAUACGUAAAUGUCACAGAUUGAUCUAAUCGAGCCGGAAGAUGAGCUUCCUGACUACUCUCAACUUCUGGUUCCCAAAAGAGGAGAAAAGGAAUUCCAGCCUGAUGGAACCACUAUCCAGCAAUCAGCACUACAAACAUCCCUAGAGGCAAUGUACUCGGCAUUAGACUCUUUGCGAAUGCAUCAUAUCAAGCAGAAACUUAUCGGGAUAUGGAGGACUGAAGAUAAUUGUUGUUAUAUACCUCAUCCACGAGGUGGUUAUUUCAAAGAUAUGGGUGUCCCCAGUGGUAAGAAAGGUGGAGUUGUGUUGAAUGCAAUCGAGUGCUUGUAUUUAGUAGAGCGUGGAAGUAUGGCUGUUUACUUGGGAGAUGGAAAUAAUCUGGAAGAGGAUAUAGAGAGUACGGGGCUUGCCCUUAAUCUACUGUAUUUGUAUGCUUUGGCCAAAGUUGAUUUAGCACAAUAUCAAAUAUAUUCAUAUUUAAAACGGUUAGGGUAUAUUAUUCAACCAUAUACCUCAAAAAUGGACCAUAUUCCAUUGUUCAAACCAAUAAAACAAACGAAGAUGAAACCAAAUUACUUGGUUGGGUUGGCUAGAAACUGGGGAAUACUAUCAUACCCAUCAUUUCACCCCAUGCAUUUCAAAACAAAACACUACUUUAACUACACAGACAUAUUCAAGUCUCUUUCGUUAAAUACUGAACUGAUCCCUAAAACAACAGGAAAUCUCAAAAUUACUUUCCGUGUCUGGAAACCAACGCCGUCCUUCUCCAAGAAAUCUCCACCCUCACCAGACUUUCAUGUGGUUGUACUUGACACCAGUACCGACACUAAAUUCCCCAGCUUUGCCGACGUGCAAGCAUUGCAUGAUGAAAUAAGUAGCACCAACAUAAAACCAAAGGAGCAAGUGAAACUGCCCCCCAAGAAAAAGUCUUCUAUGCCACCGUCGAAAAAGGAGCUUCGUGCAAAACGACAGGCAGAGCGUCAAUCAAAACUCGACCAAUCCAUACAAAAACGUAAUGCAUAUCUCAAUUCCCGUGAUCAGCAUUUAAAAAAUGGUCUGGUUACUGUGGUGAUUGCCAUUGUCAAUCAAGGUAUUAUCAAUUUUGUCAACUUGUCAAGAGGAAACUUCAAACUAAAGGAGUGUGAUAAUUUGGAUAAUGUAUUUCCAAACAAAACUCAUUCGAUCAUAUAUAAUGAAUUUUAAUGUAUUAUUGUACAUCUAUUUUGAAGUAUUUAUAGUAGCAAUACGCACUAUGUCUGUAUAGCUCAAGAACUAAACUUAGGGUGAUCAACAUCCUGUCAACUUAUUCUUAGGGAUUUUGUAGCCUCCUUUCUCAAACUUUGUGAUAUUGGCAUCGGAAUAUAUAUUCAAAUGUUGUUCAAUGUAAUCAAAUGUAGGAUACCCCGGUGGAUCACACCCAAUAUUGACCUGAUCUUCUGGCUGGUAUACCCGCACGUAGUCUAUCCGCAUUGUCAGCGGGAAAGUUAAAGCGGGCCAAUUAAUGUAAGCCCAAUUAUUGGAAAUACCCAAGUUCAUGACAAUACUUAGAGGUUCCUUUGGUAUGUGUCGCCAUCCGAUAUUUCCAUUAGGAUGUAAUGCCUUGGCAUAAAGUGUGUAUGUAGGGUCAUCACCUACAUACCAGGUAAUAUACCCAUUGGUAUCAUGGUUCAUUAAUUCAUAUCCAUAUUUUUGAUAAUUCCCUUCUCCUUGACCAUAUUCAUACCAUGUAGUAUUAAGCAUAGUCACCCCGGAAAUCGCCUCUUGGAAAGGGCCACCAGCAUACGUAUUCAUCAACGUAACUGAGGAAUUAUGUAUUUCAAUAAAGUCAUAAUCAGGCAUGUACCAUAUAUCAUAGGGGGCAACUUGUAAUGACUGACUUACUCGACCCACAUUGCCAUGGAUUUCUCCUUCGAGUGCAUCAACUUCUGGUGAGCCCCUCCCUACACCUGGAUUGGGAUGGGAUUCACCGGGACACGUACAUGAAUUCAACCGUUGUCCAGGAAGAUAACUAAUCCCAUCCAGUGAUGAUUGGUUAGGUGUUAUCCCUGCAUCACACGAACUGUAUGUAUAUGGCCAUACCCCCUCUGUAGUAGCUAAGAAUCCCGGUCUUCCUAAAUUUCCUAAACUCCACAUCCCG